UCUCGCAAAGCACUGUGGGUAGACGUCCUACGCCCAAAAUGGCGGCAGGAUUGAAAAGUUUGUUGCUGUUUUUGUUUUAUUUUAUGACAUUUUAUCGGUCUCUGUCCCCUUCUGGAUAAAUCCCUAUUUUUAGCACGAUUAAGAAGGUUAGUCGUUUAUUUCCGAUCCACGAACACGUGAUUUGGAUCGGUGUUUAGUUUAGUUUAGCUCGGUAAAGCGCCUCCGUGGACGUGUAUGAGGCAGAUGGCACUGGACCCGUGGACAUCACUGCAUCUAAUACAAUUAAAAUGAAGAGCUUUUGUACAUAGAGAUGGAGGAUGACGUAAAGAAAGUCAAAAAGCCAGGUAUUGUGUCUCCGUUCAAGCGGGUGUUUCUGAAAGGAGAGAAGGGGAGAGAUAAGAAGGCUCUGGAGAAGUCCACUGAGCGCAGGGCCCUCCACACCUUCUCCCUCUCUCUCCCGGACCACCGUAUCGACCCAGACAUUCUGCUCAAUGACUACAUUGAGAAGGAAGUUAAGUAUCUGGGACAGCUGACCUCAGUUCCUGGAUAUCUGAAUCCCUCCAGCCGCACAGAAGUUCUGCAGCUUAUUGACAAUGCCAGGAAGUCUCAUCAGUUGGCAGGGCAGCUGACAUCAGAGCAGGAUGCUGUUGUCAGUUUGUCAGCAUACAAUGUGAAGCUCGUGUGGCGCGACGGAGAAGACAUCAUUCUCCGCGUACCCAUUCAUGACAUCGCAGCUGUGUCCUACAUCAGAGACGACUCACUCCACCUUGUGGUGCUAAAAACAGCUCAGGAGCCUGGUAGUUCUCCAUGUCAUAGUACAGAGAUGUCAAAAUCUCCCACUCUGAGCUCUCUUUCGGAGAGUGGAGCUGUGCUUGUGGAGGUCUGCUGCCUGCUUGUGCUGGCCGUCGACAACAAGGCUGCGGCAGAGGAGCUCUGUCUUCUACUCAGUCAAGUCUUCCAGAUCGUCUACACAGAGUCCACCAUUGACUUCCUGGACAGGGCCAUCUUUGAUGGAGCCACAACCCCCAUCAGGCAUCUCUCGAUCUGCAGCGAGGACUCCUCGAGCAAAGAUGCCAAAGAAGUGUUUGAGGCAGAGGCGAGCACAUUUACUUUCCAAAGUUCUCUAGAGGCGGGACACUCCUCUAGCCCCUCCCCCUCCUCCACCCCAGCCUCACCACAAACCAUAACAACCAGUGAGAGUGAACUAAGCACAACAGCUGCUGAACUGCUACAAGACUACAUGACCACAUUGAGGACAAAGCUGUCAUCUCAGGAGAUACAGCAGUUUGCCACACUGUUACGUGAGUACAGAAACGGAGCCUCCAUCCAUGAGUUCUGCAUCAACCUGCGUCAGCUUUACGGAGACAGCAGGAAGUUCCUCCUCCUGGGACUGCGGCCUUUCAUUCCUGAGAAGGACAGCCAGCACUUUGAGAACUUUUUGGAAACCAUCGGCGUGAAGGAUGGCCGCGGCAUCAUAACGGACAGCUUUGGACGUUACAAACGCACGACAAGCUCUGCGUCAGACUCCACCACUAAUGGAAACGGUGCUGCGGGCGGAUCAGAUGAAGGAACGGCCAACUCUGAGGGAGACGAAUGGGACCGGAUGAUUUCAGACAUAAGCAAUGACAUUGAAGCGUUAGGAAGCAGUAUGGACCAGGACGGCGUGUCGUCUUGAUGUCACACACUGGGUCAGUGACUUGCCAAUCACCACUUGAGAUAAUCACAUGGGCCAUCGGCCCAUAUUGCUGUCCAUCAAAUCUGACAAUGCUGGAGUUCGGAUAAUGUAUGGAUACCACUUCCUGGCCAUCAUCCUUAUUUUUAUAUGUUGUGCCAUAUUAACACAAACGGAUUUUUUUAGAUUUGAUAAUUGUGAUUUUCAAGACUUGUAAUAGAAGGAUCAUGUAUUGCUGUGGACAGCAGUUGUGUUCUUCUGGGAUGUUUAUUGGCAGUAUCUGCUACCACUAAUGAGAAACCUUGUUGCUGGUAGAUGUUGCUCUUUCACACUGAUCUGUAUGAAAGCUUAUUUCCACCACAGAAUAAAAAGGUAUUUGCUACCUUUUAUUUUACAAUUCUGACUUUUUCUUCACAGUUCUGACAAAAUUGAAGAAUUGCGAGAUAGAAAGUCAAAUCUUAGAAAGAAUUCAACUGAGAUGUUAACUUCAAUUGCUUCAUAACUUUUGUUGAACUCAAUUGUAAGAGCAGAAAAAAAUCUUACGUUUUUUAAAUUCUCUCAGUUGUGUUUGUCUCGCAAUUCAGACUUUUUGUUUUAGAAUUGCAAGUUGCAGUUGAGUUUAUAUCUUCAAAUUAAGAUUUGAGAACUGUGUGAGAGGUCAGAAUUUUAGAUAAAAUCUCAAAAUUUGAAAAGGUCAGAGUUAAAUGAAAAUUUAAUUGGAAGUUUAUACAUCUCCAUUGAGAGAAAGUCAGAAUUAUGAGAUAAAAAGUCGCAAUUAUCUUUUUUUUUAAUUUAUAAAAAUAAAAAAUAAAGGUAAUUGACACUUUAUCUCACAGUUCUGUCUUUUUUCCAGUGGCGUAUCGGACGGGCACGCAGGGCGUUGAAAGACGAUUAUCAUGUAUCGACGAUAGACAGAGAUAUUGUCAAAAUCAUUACAUAUUGUUAUUAUUAAGAGUAUUUGGCAUUUCCAAUUAAUGUUAAAUUCUGGCUAUUAUUAUUAAGCUACUUUUAUUAUAAAAUUAAUAUUACAAUUAAUUUGCUCCGCAAUAAUUUCAUAGCGCAUCACCGCAUAACUGACGUGCAUGCGAAGUAGGCUGCUCCUCAUUGAAAAUGUUUUAAAAAUGUCUUUUAAAACGGGUCUAUUAGCCUAUAGCCUACAAUGAAUUAUAGGCCUAUAGCCUAAAUAAAAUUAGCACUUCAGUCAUCAAUGAAACACAAGAGCGGCUUUAUUUUAAGCACCGACUUUCAAAAACAAUCUGUUCAACACGAAAUACGUUUCUUCUCAUUGUUUUCACUAUGUUCGGGCCACAAGAGAAACAUUAAGAAAAUAAAUUAAAACCGUUAUAUACCACGUAUUAAGUAGGAGAUUCGUCUCUCGUCAUCUUUGAGAAUAUGCCGCGUUAAUGCGUGCGUCGUCACUUUAACUUUCAUGGUGAAAGGCGUUCACCGGCAUAAGCCUUGCACAAAGUUUGCACCUUCACAGUUUAAAACAGAAAUAUUUCCAAUAUUGUGACGCUACCCCUCCCCCACCCCCACCCCGGGAGGGGGGCCUCCGACUUACGGUUUGUGGGGGGCCCCGCGGAUUUGCGCUACGCUACUGCCUUUUUCUCAAUAUCACACAUUUAUAUCUCACGGUUUACAUCUUGCAAUUCUGACUAUUGUGAGUUUAGAAUGUUCAGUUGCGAGAAAAGUUUUUGAAAUGAUCAUUUGAAGGUAACUUUUUUUUUUUUAAAUCUGUCGCAGAAUUAAGCUUCCAUAGAUGUCACAAUCUCAUUUAAUAGUAAUGCGACUUCUGAUCAGUGUGAAGGUGCAGUUUGGAGCAUUGCCUAGUGGCCUUCCUAAAGUGUGAUCUGCAUUGCCUUAUGUGUUUUGUAACCUGAUGGAAGUGAGGUGCAGUAUAUUUCCUCCUGCACUGAAGUGCUAAUCAAAACUUGACCCUUUUUACACCCUUAUAUUAACUGGUCAUUGUUCUUGUUACACUUGUUUUUCCUGUAACAUAUAUUUUUCACUUCUUUUACAUUUGUUUCAGCCAGGAUUGAUUAUAAUUACCCAGUUAUUAUCAUGUGGGUUUCUUCAGGUAGGAAAUGUAGCACUAUAUAUUUUUGGUUUUGACUGAAAACCUGGAAAAGUUGGAUAUUAGACAAAGUCAGUUUUCUGGCUGAUUGAGAAUGCAAUAUUCAUACACUGCAUUACACUCAUGUCCCGGAGUUUUCAGUUAUCUAACAUUGUGCCUUGCAGAAUCACUGAUUGUAUCAUCCAACAUGGAUGCAAGUAAUAUUCUGUAAUCUGUACAGAACGUGACUGAAGUAUGAGUUUAUUAAAAAGUGCAACACUUGCAUCCUCAUUCA